AUGCCAGACCCUGACCCUACCAAUAUAAAUUGGUUCAGCACGCGCGUCAUCCCUUUAUUUGAUGAUCCGGAUUUCUCGAAUCUCACAGAGCGAUGGGCCGCAAAUUCGAACUCUAAUUUCUCAGUUGUAGUCGUGCCUGCAGUGGACAAAGAUGUAGUAGCCACUGUGCACUUCGCAAAUAGGUUUCAUAUCCCAUUCUUGGCUGUCAAUCGAGGUCACGGCGACGCAGCCGGUCUCUCUGCAGUCGACGGAGGUAUCUCAAUCUACAUUCGCAACUUGGACAGCAUUGAGGUCGCCGAAGAUGGUCAAUCAGCCUCUAUGGGUGGUGGCGUGUUUCAGGACCAAGUCGUGAGAUAUCUAUUUGAGCGGGGUAAGGUAGCUAGUAAGUGA